AGGGGGCAGUAAAGAGCGCGGCAGACCUGCAGAAGAAGAAGAAGCAGAAGAAGCAGAAGAAGAAGAAGAAGCAGCUCGUCCCACGUGAGAGUCAGCAUGUCUCCGCCAGGAGGAAAGAUAAACAGACCCAAAACUGAGCUGGGAAAGAAACUUUUCAAGCGGCGGCGAGUUCUGAGCAAAGAGAAGAGGAAGAGACAUCGGAUAGUUGGAGCGGUCGUCGAUCAGGGACUCAUCACCAUCCAUCACCUGAAGAAGAGAAAGUCGAGCGCGAGAGCGAACAUCACUCUGUCUGGGAAGAAGAAACGAAAGCUGCUCAAGCAGCUGCAGCACAUGCAGCAGGAGAAGGCCGGUAUGGAAGUCGAAGCGGCGGCGGCAGCACCACCGAAGAAGAAACAGGACUCGACACCUGCUCCAACCAAGAAGAAGAAAAAGACUCCUGCCGGAUCCCAGGGGGACGUCGAGAUGGCGGACAUUGAAUGAAGGGACGACGGGAUGACGCCGUCUCUCAGAGGAGUCGUGCAGCGCCGCACGUUUCAGCUGAACGGACGAGUUUGUGUUUGAACUGAACUCUGAAGUACGACCGAGUGUUUAAUCUGAGUUCGUACCCAGACGGACGUUAAUUCGUCUGCACCUGUUCGAGUCAGACAAGGUGUGUUUUUAUGAAAAGUUGCUGGAAGGAUGCAAAGAUUCAGAGUGACAGGAACCUAUGGAAGGCCGCGAACGCCAGGAAAAUUAAAGAUACUCAUAUUAAGUCAAAGUGCUGGCUCUGUAACCAUCUCAUAAUUUGGAUUAGUUUUCCUUUUAUCUGUUAAUGUGGACUAACCAAAGGUUUAGUGUUGUCAUUGUGCUUCCGUAGCAUCACGUCGUCACUCUGCUGUGAUUACGGAGGCUUUGUUUAUGUCUCUUGAACCACAUUAAUCAAAAUAUUAAACAGUUCAUUACUGGUAACAUUUAA